AUGGAAACGCAGGAAGCAAAUAGAAACGGUGGAAUACUGAAAGAAGCAGAUGGUGAAGGGGAACAAGGACUGAAAGUAGGAGUUAGUGUGGGCGCGUGGGAAAGAGUAUUCCAGAUAUUCCUCUAUUUUAUAUGUGCCUUCCAGAACAUCUCUUGUGGCAUCCACUACUUGGCUUCUGUGUUCAUGGCCGUCACGCCCCAGUAUGCCUGCAGGCCCCCAGGCAAUGUGAGUCAGGUUCUUUUCCACAAUCUCUCUAGUUCGAGGCUGGAGGACAUUUGGGCCCUGCUGUCACCAGGCCAGGAGGGUCAUGUAGCUGUGCAGCUGCAGGACGGCACAGUCUGGGAGCUCACUGGAUGUCACAGGUCCUGGAGGGAGGGCGCCCUGCGCUUGGAGUAUGAAUACAGCGGCAGUAAGCGUGAAUUCGCUUGCUCGGAUGGUUACAUCUAUGACCAGAGCAAGUGGGAAAGCACCGUGGUGACCGAGUGGGAUCUAGUCUGUCACCGAGAAUGGCUCGCAAAGUUGAUCCAGCCCAUGUUUAUGCUUGGAGUCCUGCUGGGAGGGGUGAUUUUUGGCUACCUUUCUGACAGAGUAGGAAGACGACUUAUCCUGUGGUCCACAAGCAUUGGCAAAUUUUUAUUUGGCAUAGCAGUGGCAUUCACCUUUGAUUAUUACAGCUUCAUGGUCACACGCUUUCUUCUUGCCAUGGCUGCAAGUGGCUAUCUCGUGGUGGUUUUUGUGUAUGUGAUGGAAUUAAUUGGCAUGAAGUCUCGGACAUGGGCAUCCAUCCACAUGCAUUCCUUCUUUGCGACUGGAAUAAUGGUGGUGGCUUUGACAGGCUACUUGGUCAGGACCUGGUGGCUCUACCAGGUAGUCCUCUCCACAGUGACAGUCCCCUUUGUUCUGUGCUGUUGGAUGCUCCCAGAGACACCUUUCUGGCUUCUCUCAGAGGAAAGAUAUGAAGACGCACAGAAAGUAGUUGAUAUGAUGGCCAAGUGGAAUAGAGCAAGCUCCUGUAAAUUGUCAGAACUUCUAUCACUGGAUCUAAAUGGCCCUGCUCAUAGCAACUGCUCUGAAGUAAAGAAGCACAACUUAGUAGAUCUGUUUUGUGACUGGAAAAUUGCAAUAAGAACCCUUACUGUUUGGUUGAUUUGGUUCACGGGGAGUUUGGGAUUCUACUCGUUCUCCUUGAAUUCGGUUAAUUUAGGAGGCAAUGAAUAUUUAAACCUCUUCCUCAUGGGUGCAGUGGAACUUCCUGCCUAUGUCUUCACGUGCAUCGGGAUGGAUAAGGUGGGGAGAAGAAACAUUCUGGUCUUCUCCCUUAUAGCAAGUGCACUGAUCUGUGGUGCAAUUAUGGUGAUCCCCCAGGAUUACCAUAUUUGGGGUGUGGUGGCAGCUAUGGGUGGCAAAUUUGUCAUAGGGGCAGCAUUUGGCCUCAUUUACCUUUAUACAGCAGAGCUGUAUCCAACCAUUGUAAGGUCGCUGGCUGUGGGAAGUGGCAGCAUGGUAUGUCGUGUGGGAAGCAUCAUGGCCCCGUUCUGCGUAUACCUCACGAGCAUUUGGAUCUUCAUGCCACAGCUCCUUGUUGGGAUUGUGGCCUUUUUGAGUGGAGUGCUAACACUGAAGCUUCCAGAAACCCUCGGGAAGCCUCUGGCGACUACUUGGGAGGAGGCGGCCAAACUGGAAUCAGGAAAAGAUAGCUGUUCUGGCAAAUUACUUCCCACAACCAAUAAUAUUGUGUUGGAAAAAAUAGAAGUGAUGAAUGCAGGGGAUUGUGGUCUUUGUGAAUAAAUGUGCCAUAUGUGCUGUCUAGCACCUGAAAUAUUGUUUACAUUAAUGCCUUUGUAUUAGAGGAAUACCAUGCUCAUCUCCUGCAUGUUGUUUAUGCCUUUUUUUUAUUUGUAAGAAAUUUUUAAAAAAAAUUGUUUUGUAAAAGAAAUAAAAAC